CCGGUCGCGGCUGGCUUCCGAGGUAGACGCGGAAGUGCAGGAGGCGGCUGCUCUAGUCAGGCGCCUGGUGAACCUUCCAGAGAGGUCGGUUUUUAGAGGCCUGCUCCCGGGCCAGCCCAGACUAGACCAAGCCGGCGUUGAGGGCCGCUCCUCAGCGGAAGGGCUGAUGCAGGCCGCGCCCUGGAGCCCCCAUAGCGGGGCCGGACCAUGAGUCUGCUGGGCAGCCUGGCCUCCUCGCCGCGAGACCCGCUGCAGUCCAGCAAGGCCAGGAUGAAAAAGCUCCCGAAGAAGAGCCAGAACGAGAAGUACCGGCUCAAGUACCUGCGGCUGCGCAGAGCGGCCAAAGCCACGGUUUUUGAAAAUGCUGCUAUUUGUGAUGAAAUUGCUCGUCUUGAAGAAAAAUUUCUUAAAGCAAAAGAAGAGAGACGGUACUUGCUGAAGAAGCUCCUCCAGCUGCAGGCCCUAACUGAAGGGGACGUACAGGCUGCAGCUCCUUCCCACACCUCCAGUUUGCCCCUGACUUACAGUGUGGCCAGCUCUGUGGGAACCCUCCAGGGAGCUGGGCCGGUUUCUGGGCCAACCACUGGGGCUGAGGAACCAUUUGGGAAGAAAUCCAAGAAGGAGAAAAAAGAAAAAGGCAAAGAGAACAACAAACUGGAAGUUCUGAAGAAAACAUCCAAGAAAAAGAAAAUGGAGGCAGGUGCUCGCAAGCCGGUUCAGCCCAUUGCCCUGGACCCCUCAGGACGGCCUGUGUUCCCCAUCGGACUAGGGGGCCUAACAGUGUAUAGCCUGGGGGAGAUCAUCACCGACCGACCUGGCUUCCAUGACGAGACUGCCAUCUACCCCGUGGGCUACUGCAGCACUCGGGUCUAUGCCAGCAUGAGGAGUCCAGACCAGGAGUGCCUGUACACCUGUCAGAUAAAGGAUGGUGGCACGCAGCCUCAGUUUGAAAUUGUUCCUGAAGACGACCCCCAGAAUGCUAUCAUCAGCUCCUCCGCUGACGCCUGUCACGCCGAGCUGCUCAAGACCAUCAGUGCGGCUAUGGGGAAACUAAUACCCAACCUGCAUCCGUCUGGAGCUGACUUUUUUGGGUUUUCUCAUCCAACCAUCCACAACCUGAUCCAGAGUUGUCCAGGAGCUCGGAAAUGUGUCAAUUACCAGUGGGUGAAGUUUGACGUGUGCAAACCUGGAGACAGCCCGCCACCACAAGAACAGCUAGAGAAUGACAUAGCUACAAGCUUUGAAGCCUUUCAGAGACAUAGCUUCGAUGAAGAUCAUAGUGAUCCCAUUCUACAAGGAUCCUUGGACCUCCCGGAGCUUCAGCCCACAGCCUUUGUGUCUUCUUACCAACCCAUGUUUCUGACCCAUGAACCGUUGGUAGAUGCUCACCUACAGCACCUGAAGUCUCCGUCGCCAUGUAGCCCAUCUCAGUCUUCCGACUGAAGUAAAAGGGAUCGAUACCACAUCAUUCUCAUCAGGAUGGGUAUUUUAGCUUAAACUAAGUAACAUUUAGAUUAUAUAGAAGAAGGCAGCAACUCAGGAGUGAAGAAGAUAGUAAAUUAACAACAUUUUGUCACAGAGGUUCCUAUGGUGACAGCUUUCCUGGGAAAAACUUCAGCUGUUUUAUUUUUAGUAAUAAAUUUCUGUUGACAGUUCUGCUUA